ACAGAACAUCACACUUUUAUAGUAAUAUCAAAUUUCACCCGCAAAAAACCCGAAUUCUAGAGAAUCCGUUAAUCUGCGUAAUUAUACUCUCAAAAUGUAGACAUGCACAGAGAUGUUUGCCUUUUAAUGUGAUUUAUACUCCUUUUUACAAGCAAAUCAAGUCACAGCCGUGAUCGUGGAAGUCUUGCAUGCCGACAAUAGCGCCGAGAAUUUUGUCAAACCUACACUAAUUUCCGUAUAACAGAGGCCUACUCAUGCAUAUUGCCCUUUAUUCAACUCUGGGCACUGAUUUGCUAUUUUGAGAGUAUCAAGAAUGCUGCCAACUUACUGAAACAAGCCAAAUCGAGGGUGUAUGUUGCCAUGUACAGUAGCUGACAUGUAUUAUGGAGGAUCUAGGAGGAAGAGAUCGGAUAUGGACUCUCAUUUUUGGUUUGGCAUUCCUCCUUCCUGCGAUUGAGUAUACUUAAGGUGCGGUAGAUGUACAUAAGAACAACUCUGUCAGCGAUGUCCUCUUUAUAGAUGAAUAACCAAGGGAAUUAGUGAGCUGAAUCCUCAUUUGUAUUCAACCAACUGCCGGGGCGUAAUCAAGCAAUCAAAUUUCCUCAUCUGUCCUAAAAUCAGGUUUUUAACUAUAAGUAGUGCUUCUGAUAUGUCUUCUUGUUGCUGUGUGGCGGAAAGUGAACCGUCGGACGAUAGGGCAGAGCCUUACAAACUCGGGCCUCAACCGAAUAUACAAAUGAAUCCGAGCCGACAAUCUUCAAAGGAAAACGAAAGGAUUGCCAUGGAAACCGUUGUCAAGAGUUACACUCCAGAACCCGAACCCAGUGCUGAUUUCGAGACGAGCAAAAUCCUGUAUCGGAAGGAAUUAAAGAGCGGUUUAAGAACGGGAAAAAGAUGGCUGAAGACUAGGUACGCCUUGAUUCCCAGCAAUGCCUGUGCCAAGGAGGUGGUGAAUUUCCUUUUAGAGAAAUGGCGGCUCCCGAAACCCAAUCUCGUAAUCUCGAUCGUGGGAGGCACUAGCAACUUUCACAUGAAUAUCCAGCGUCGUGAAGUCUUCCGUACUGGGAUCGCCAAAGCCGCCGCUACCACUGGAGCAUGGAUAAUUUCAAGUGGACUCAACUGCGGUAUCGUCAAGACAAUUGGCGAGGCUGUGAAAGACCACGCAGUAGCUGCUGGUCGAGGUCGUAAAAAGGUCGCUGCUAUCGCACUCACAUCGCUCCGAGAGAUCGAUGGCGCACAGUCCCUCAUCGACGGCGCGGAGCACGGGCGGCCCGUGAUAUACGGACAGGGUUCCGAAAGAAUUACACAGCAGGCCAUGCUCGAUCCAAAUCAUCCAUAUGCACUCCUAGUAACAGAUCCAAAGAGAGAUUCAUCCACAUCAGCAUCGUCGUCGUCGUCACAGAAUCAUAGACAAGGCGCUGACCCGAUGACUAUACGAGAUCAGCAGAGCUCAGAGAUCAGGAUUAGGAGCUUGAUCGAACAUGAGAUCUCAUCACGAAAUAUUACCCACAGUAGCACCAAUGUACCAACAGUAUGUUUCCUGGUGAAUGGGGGACCACAUCAGAUACAUGCAAUCCACAAUGCCAUAGAAAAUAAGACCCCUGUCGUAGUCCUUGCAGGGUCCAAGGGAUGUGCUAACGUCAUUGCUAAAGCUUACAGGCAGAAUGACGAGGGAUCAAGUUCUCUAUACAACAUCGUGAGACAAGAGUUCGGUAGCAACGUCCCGCCUAACGAGAUGGUCGAACUCCUGAAGAAAGUAAACGAAAUCGUCAAGAGGAAACAUCUGAUUACUAUUUUCGAUCUCGACACCGUCCCACGGAUCGACAUCGACGAGGCUUUCCUAAAGGCCCUCCUUAGAGGUUCACAAGGAUCGGGAAAGAAAGACCAGCUUCAUAUGGCAGUAGUCUGGAGGAGAGUGACAUUGGCACAGAGUCAGCUUCUAUCGCAAUACAAGUGGAAAUCGUCAGAACUAUUUGAGGCACUCCGCAUUGCGUUGGUUAACGACCAGACAGACUUUAUACGUCUCUUUCUCGAUAUCAACGUCAAGCUUGAAGACUAUCUCCACGCCGGUGAACUCCGGCGACUUUACAAUGAGGUCCAUGAAGAUACAUUACUCUACAAGUUGCUUUUAAAACACAGAGGUCGGAAUAACAAAAUGCCGGUUGACCUGUGUGAUGUUGGCCAUGUCAUCAAGAGUCUUACAACACAUGCUUACGAACCCCUUUAUUUAUCAGAUUCUCAACCCACUCUGAAUCCUUGUCGGGAGUUGUUCUUGUGGGCAGUGCUGCAGGAUCGGCAGGAGACUGCUCGGUUGUUCUGGGAGGAGGGCAAGGCGUGGAUUGGUGGAGCUCUUGUAGCCAGUCGGAUCAUGAGAGCCAUGCAGAGGUUGGAGACGGAGCCACAGCGGCUGGCCAACCUCGAGGAACAUCAGAGGGAAUACGAGAAACUCGCCGUUGGUGUCUUGGACCACUGCUACAGAGAAGACCGAAGGAGGACUUCACUGCUCCUCAUACGAGAAAUGCCCGAGUGGGGUAACGUGUCGUGUUUAUGUCUAGGGGCAGCAGCGCACGACAAACAUUUCAUAGCUCACCCCGCUGUCCAGAAUGUUUUAAAUGAUCUUUGGUCAGGAAGAUUAUCAAGGCAGAACGGUCAUUGGCAGUCGUGGCUGGCCACAUUCUUUCCACCCUACGCACUCUGGGGCAUCAGAUUUGUAGAUGAGGAAAAGGACAGGAUCUACAGUGUCACGCUUCAGACUCGUGCAUCAAAGACACGAGCCUGUGGUCAACUGAAGUUUGAUUCCGAUGACGAGGAAGAUGGUCAGAUUGAUAAAAGACGAGAUUCAAUCCUCAGUGACACCGGUAGCAUCACAUUCAACUCAUCAUCCUUUCGAGCCCAUGUCCCGGCACAGAACUUCACCCUCCUACCGUUUGAUGAGAUGCUCAAACACAAGACAGUGAAUUUGGAAUCGAUUGUGAAUCAUGAGGAGAAAACCAGAGUCCCAUGGACGAAACGAUUACCUCUCUUCUUCAGCGCUCCCGCUAUCAACUUCAGAUACUAUGUGAUGUCGCACAUCGUAUUUCUUGCCCUGUUCAGUUAUGUUCUGCUGGUUGAAUUCAAAGCGGAAGCGACAAUUACAGAGUAUGUUCUAAUUGGUUGGGUCGGGACACUGGCAAUCGAGACUAUCAGACAAAUGAUUUCCAUCGGCGGUUUCUUCGACUGCCGUAAGUUCAUCCAAUCGUGGCUUCUCAACUACUACUACCUCGUCGACGCCGUAUGCGUCAUCAUGUUCGCUGCCGGCACCGUCAUCCGACAUUACCCCGGCAUGCUCGAUGCCGCCCGGAUCGUCCAUUCCCUGACGCUCGUUACAUUUUAUAUCAGGCUUCUCCACAUUUUCUCAGUCAACAAGCACCUCGGACCCAAGCUCAUCAUGAUUAUGAAAAUGAUAAACGAUCUGUUAGUAUUCAUCUGUAUCUUACUGGUGUUCCUAUUAGCCUAUGGUAUAGCAUGUCAGGCAGUCCUCUUUCCUCACGUCACUGAUACUAAACAGAUGAUGAAAGGCAUCUUCUAUAGAUCAUACUUCCAGAUUUACGGGGAAUUAUUCCUGGAGGAACUCGAAGGACGCAACGAUUGUUCAAACGAGGACCCACAGAUGGAGCCCUGCCCAGCCAAUAUGUGGUUUGGAACAAGUAUUCUUGCCGUAUAUCUCUUCAUCAGCAAUGUUCUUCUCCUCAAUCUCCUCAUAGCAAUGUUAAACUAUACCUUCGCCUCGGUACAAGAGAACACAGAUGUGGUAUGGAAGUUUCAGCGAUACUCUCUUAUCAAAGAUUACUACAAUCGUCCAAUCUUAGCACCUCCGUUCAUCAUCAUCAGUCACAUCUUUAUCUUGUACAGCUUCAUGCUGCGAUGUUGGUGUGGCUGUUGCGACAAGUUUGCACUCUCAAGGAGCCUCAGACGGUUACUUCCCGGAGACUUAAUUGCUGAAAUCACAACAUGGGAAAAGAUACAAGGUGAAGAUUACGUCACAAAGAGAAACAAGAAAAGGAAUCUUGACCUCACCGAUCGAAUGAGUACAACAGAGAUGAAAUUAGAAGGCCUCUCUCGGAAGUCAACAGCGUUUUUCAACAAUCCUGAAAUUGGCACUCAAAUGAAGGAACGAUUAGAUAAUUUAGAACAUCAGAUGACAGAGAUGAAAGAGCUGCUUCAUCAGACGCUGAAGGCAGUAUCAGGGUCAGCAGGGGAAGCUACAAUCAAGGGCCAAACACCAAAGAAAUUAAUUCCUAAAACAUCCACAGAGCAAUUUGAGGUGAAGGAGUCCAAGGCAAGGGAUGAAGUAGAAGAGGAUGUAUCACGCAAAGAUGAGGAAAGGACUCUGGAAGAAUGUAAGGAAGAUGGGGAGAAUGGAAGGCAGAUGGAGGAACAGAGGUUGGAGCAGGAUGAGGAGAAAGAGGAGCAGGAGAGGCUGGAACAGGAGGAGGUGGUGCAGGAAGACGGAGAAGAAUCCAUUCUGGAUAUUAAUCUUGAGUUGAUCAAUGACGAGUAACAUGAUGGGAUGGUGUAAAUCCAAGUACCAGCCCUUCGGUGUUAAAGCUUCCUAAACAUCCACAGAGCAGGACGAGGUGAAGGAGUGCAAGGCAAGGGAAUCAGAAGAAAAGACAUCAGGCAAGAGGAGGAAAGGACUCGGGAAGAAUGUAAAGAUGAGGGGGAAGAAGGUAGGCAGUUAGAGGAGCAGGAUGCAGAGAAAGAGGGUCUUGAACAGGAGGAGCUGGUGCAGGAGGAUGAAGAAAAUGAAUCCAUUCUGGACAUUAAUCUUGAUGUGAUUGGCAAGGAGUAAGAUGACAAGGUGUAAGAUAUUGGGUUGUUGUUGGGGUGACACCAACAUCAGCCUUCUUAACACCUAACAUGGAAUGGAACUGGUCUUGUAAUUGAUAUCAUUUUUAGUAGGUUUUAGAACUUAGUUCAAUAGUCUGAUUGACACUACACCAGCAUUGCACUAACUACAUUUAAAUGUCAACCUUGCAAGGCUUGCAUAGGUACAAAGACAUCCUGUAUAGUUUCUAGCAAUUAGGUACAUAGUACUGCCAUUAAUUUAUUCAGGGUGCCAUUUCAUAAAGCUGUUCGUAGGUUAAGAGUGACUUUAAGAACGACUGGUGAACCCUUCUUACGCGCUUAACUAUCACCAAUUCAAUAUACCAUUUACCACAAGAAAGGAUAACCAGUCAUUCUUAAAGUCGCUCUUAACUUACGAACGGCUUUAUGAAACAUGCGCCAGGUCCAACAAUGGGUCGCCUGAUGGUCAAUCCUGAAAUGGGCAAUUCCAUGAGAUGGGUGCCAUGGGGUGAAAAAAUAAAUUCAUAUUUUGGAACUUGUCACCCACCUAAUUUUGUUCAGUAUACUUCUGGGCAUACGGAACAGCACUUUUUCCAAAAAUUCCAUCAAGAAUCGCAAAUAUUGAACUUUGAACUCAACUUACAACUUUAUUGAGAAAAACAGUAAAAAUCUACCUAAAGAAUUCAUUUGAAUAAAAAAAUAAUUAAAGAAUAGUCAGGAGUUGUUUAGCUGAUUUUUAGAAUGUAUGGAGCAUUAGUUUUGAGUUGCCAAAGACACAAACAUGUCUUCCAAUCCCAUGAGUGGGUAAGAAGCAUGCCACCCCAUCGCUUAAACCAAUGUAACGUGAGUAACGAAAAAACUGUAAAUUUUGAUUUUUUUUUUAUAUUCACUUCCAUUCAAAAUUUGCCAAUGGAAAUUCUCUUCAUACUCCUUGUACCUGAUAAGAAAAAUAAGGUAAGAGCUGUAUACAUGUCAUGGUAUUACAAUAAACGAGGCCCCAAAAAUGUAACGUGAGUAACGACAUAAAAUCGUGAUAUUGAUAUGUUUUUCACAGGCUAUGGUAUAGUACUACCUUUUACUGUAUGAUUAGGGGUAAAAACAAGAGUUUGGUCCAUUAAUGACCUUUAAUGACCCUUUUGAAGUGGUCAUUACCGUCAUUAAAGAGAAAUUUGCCAGUUGUGGUAACGAUCACAAAAUUAGUUCAAUCAGAAUCAAAUGAAAUGACCAACCAAGUGUUUGUAUAUUAUAUAAAUAAAAAAAAUGUGCCAAAUGGCUCUUGAAGAAAAUGUGUAAUUGCUGAGAAAUUAGCAAAAUAAAUUUCAUAAAAUGUCAGGUAUUUUUCCAAGCAAUAUUGAUACUGUCCCACAUAUGCUUUUCUGUGUUAGUGAUCAUAAGUGCUGUCAGUUUUCAGGUAAGAUUUCAUGAUUUCACAAAGAUAAGUUUAUGUUAUUGUAGCAUAUCUAGAUCUAUGAAAAUAGAAUGACAAUCAACCUUGAUUUUAAAGACUUACUCGUGAAAUAGUUGUUUGCUGCAACUACAUGUACAUUAUUUUACCAUUAACAUAGAUAAACCGGAUGUAGCUAAUAAUAAUGCCCUUCCAAGUUUACUGUUCAGAUUUAAGCCUUUCUCAGACUUUUCAUCAAUAAAGAUGAAUAAAUUUGUAUCUUUGGUUAUAAGAGUCUGCAUGAUUUGCAUAUACAUAUAGCCUAAUGUUUAAAUACCAACACUUGACUUUGGUGCAUUGCUUUCAUGUACUAGAAAUAAGUUAGAAGAUUAAAUUAUUAACCUGGAUAAUAAUUACAGAUUGAUAAAAGCAUACCAAAUAAAUACACUUCUUCGUUUCAUUUUAGUUCGUUAAAGGUGGCAAUUUCUGUUUUCACGAUUUGCAUUUUUUUAAGGGGGAAGGGAUAUAUGAUAAUUUCUUAACCUUGUAAUGCAAUAUUUAGAUAUAAUUUUUUGGUCAGAGAACAUUACACUAUUAACUGUUUAACACAUUAUUCUGCUCCCUUAAUCUUUAAGCGAGCACAUUAACUUUAUCAGAUAGGUUUGCUUAAUAUUGCUUACAGUACAAUUAAUUCAUUCAUGUGAUUUCAUGAAAGAGAAACAUACAUGUACACUGUUUAGAGUAUAUACAUGUAAGUUCAUGUGUUAGGUUGGAUCAGAUUGCACAUAAAUGUGGUGUGGAGUCUAGGGGAAUAUUUUUUUUAAACUCAUUCUGCCAGUUAUGUUACUUCACGAUUAUUAAAAUCUUCAAACGACUGACUAAAUAAAAUUCAAGUGUCCCUGACUCAGUGAUUCAGAGAAACUUGAAAGGAAUUUAAUUUUAAGAGAAUACCGUAGAAGUAAAGGAGAAUAUUUUUCACUCUACAUCACUUAACAAAAUGCAUGUAUUAUAACUAAAAUUGACAUUGUAUGUGUAUGUGUGGUAAUUUUGCUUAAAUGUUGAUGAUAAGCCAUAUAAAAUGGGCUAUACAGUAAUUCUUGAGAAAAGAGGUUAACAAAACUGUUCCAUUUUAUGCCCAAAAUAAUUGUAAUAGUUAAUUACAUCUAAAUAUACACUUUCCAGCAAAUAUUCAUGGUCAAGAGCAUGGCAAUGAAUUAUGUUACAUAUGUAACGUGAGUAACGCAAAUUUUGGUAAAUUUGUCAAAGAUAUGAAAUGUUUAAAAAAUUCUGAGCAUCUACAUUUGUGAACCUCUAUGCCAAUCAUAAACCCACUUCUUGUUAUUCCACCCAGUAUGAGGACACUUUUUUAAAGAAGUCAUGUUCUUGACUUAUGUGGUCCAAAAAUGUAACGUGAGUAACAAGAAUUUGCUUGCCUAUAUUUUCUGGAUAGAAUUGUCAAACUAAAUUAUGAUAAUAUACCAAGGUGUAUUAAGUUAUCAUAAAACCUUGUACAGAAAAGAGAGAUUGUCAAACCCCACAGUAAGCAAAAUAUGGCAAUUACAAUAUGUUAAGGUGCCUAAAUUGUGUAACGUGAGUAACAUGGAAUUGCCCAAAUAUUCAUAAAGCAUAUUUGAGUAAUGUCUUCUACAAUCUUAAGGAUGAAUGGAAUCAUUUGUAGUAAACACUGAUUUCAUGAGUGAAUCUUCCACUGCCAAGUGGGAAUUUACCCAUGUAACUAAGCAUCGUGUAUAAAACAGUAAUCUCUGAAUAUUGACAACUACUUUUGAACUUUUUAACUGGUAUUUGUAAUUGCUACAUCAUGAAUAGUUUUUAGUGAGAAUAGAAAAGGAUGUUACACUUUGCUUGAUGAUAGCUGCAACUAAUCAGAUGGUGCUCUACAAUGUAUUUUUACUUGGUUUCAUGAAUUUUAUUUGUAACCAGAGGUAAGGCUAGUAAUAUCAUUAAUGGACAGAGAAUCAAUGACCGGAGAUGAUAUUGAUGAUUCAAUGAAGCAUAUGGGAUACAAUCUUUAAUUACAUCAUUCUAAUUCUAUUCUAUUUAGCCCAAAGUACAUAACCAGUUCAGCAGUUGUCACAAGUAUGUAAUGUAAAGAAUUAUUUUAGUAUGAAUUUAGUAUUACUUGUUCUGCAUUUUAUUUGGUAAUCUUUCCCCUUCAUUCUAGGGUACGUUUCAUAAAAAAUAAUUGUUAUAACAAAUUUACAAUAACAGUUAAAAGCUACUGAAAUCCUUCAAUCUGGUAAAUUUGUUAUAUUGUGCAUUUGUUAUUCUAACGAGUCAUCAUGAAAUGGGGCCCUGUUCACAUAUAUGAAGUUGAUACCUUGGUCACAUUUGCUCUAUGGCGGCCGUACGGCGAGACAAAAAACAGCCGUUUUAACAUUUUU